AUGGCCGGCCCAGACUACCUGAUGUCCCUUCCGCCUGAGAUGCUCGAUGACAUCCUCCGUCGGCUCCCCUUCGAGAAGUUGGUCGGCACCUGCUGUCUCUCCCCCGCUUGGCACCGGCGAUGGGAAUCCGUCCCCGGCCUCGACAUUUGGUUCAGUCGAGGAUCCUCCACCGCACGCGAUCCACGCUUCCUGCUGUGGCCGUGCGCCGCGCCCGUCCACAAAUUCACUGCCUGCAGCCUGUGGCCGUGCGCCGCGCCCAUCCGCAGCUUCACCGCCCAUGUCCAAAGGCGCCACUCCCACCGCCCUGCCCGCUGGCUCCUUGCCCUGGCGCACAAGCGCGUCAAGAUGCUCAAGCUCAAGUUCGACGAGCCCUGGCCCGCCCACUCGCCCCGCCCGCCCGUGGUCGGCCCGGCCCUUUACUCCUGCAGCACACUCACCCACCUCCAGCUCUGUGGCUAUUGCCACUUGUUGCGCGCUCCUCAGGGCUUCACUGGCUUCCCCAACCUCUUCACCCUCUGCCUCGAGUACGUGGUCCUCCCUUUCCAUGGCGCCGCGGCGCAACUCCAACUCAUAAUCUCCUCGGCACCGCACCUCACAAGGCUCUUGUUGGAUGAUGUCAUGAUCGGCGACGAUGAGGCUAAUAUCGAAACAUGUGCCAUCCAGGCGCCCAACCUCCGUUUCCUCAGGUUGACCAUGUCCCUUGACAACGGAUGCCGAAUUGUGGGGGAUCUCCCAUUGCUGGAGGUGGCACAAAUUUCCAUUGAUCCCCUAUUCGGGACCCCAAACUUCAUCAACACUUUCCGACGGAUUUCUAUUGUUAAGAAGCUUUACUUGCACACCGACUCAGAUCAGGUACAAAACUACAUUGCGUCAAAUGUCCAUGGAACAAAUAGUUGA